AAGGAGUGGGAGGGUCGAACUGACUGAGCUUAGAGUCCACCGGCGCAUCAGGACCCAGCGGCUGACCGAGCAAGCCGGCAACGGCUGGUGGCGCGCGCGUCCGUCCCCCUUCCACCUUCCGCCUCCUCGGGUGGCGCUCGCUGGUGACGUCUUGGGUGUGAUGGCCGCCGCGAGGCCGGGGAGGUGAAGUUUGGGACUGGUGGAGUCAACACAAUCAAUAGCCAACUUAACGUGAGACAGGACAGAGAGCCCAGAAUCUUUUCAUCUUUUUUACUCCAGCCAUGUCCCUGAUGCCCACCUUGUGAAGAUCUCUUACCAUCCAAAAAACGCAAUGUCCCUGCUCUUCUCUCCAUGCAACUUCAUCGUCACAGCCAAGAAGGAUAAGAGACACAUGGCUGAAGUGAACGCUUCCCCACUCAAGCACUUUGUCACUGCCAAGAAGAAGAUCAAUGGCAUCUUUGAGCAGCUGGGGGCCUAUAUCCAGGAAAGCGCCACCUUCCUUGAAGACACCUACAGGAAUGCGGAACUGGACCCCGUCACGACAGAAGAGCAGGUUCUGGAUGUCAAAGGUUACCUGUCCAAAGUGAGGGGCAUCAGUGAGGUGCUGGCCCGGCGGCACAUGAAGGUGGCUUUUUUUGGCCGGACGAGCAAUGGGAAGAGCACCGUGAUCAAUGCCAUGCUCUGGGACAAAGUUCUGCCCUCCGGGAUUGGCCACACCACCAACUGCUUCCUGCGGGUGGAGGGCACAGAUGGCCAUGAGGCCUUCCUGCUCACCGAGGGCUCAGAGGAGAAGAGGAGUGUCAAGACUGUGAACCAGCUGGCCCAUGCUCUCCAUCAGGAUGAGCAGCUGCAUGCCGGCAGCUUGGUGAGUGUGAUGUGGCCCAACUCCAAGUGCCCACUUCUGAAGGAUGACCUCGUGCUGAUGGACAGCCCUGGUAUUGAUGUCACCACAGAGCUGGACAGCUGGAUUGACAAGUUUUGCCUGGAUGCUGAUGUGUUCGUGCUGGUGGCCAACUCGGAGUCCACCUUGAUGCAGACGGAAAAGCAGUUCUUCCACAAGGUGAGUGAGCGUCUCUCCCGCCCAAACAUCUUCAUCCUGAAUAACCGCUGGGAUGCAUCUGCCUCGGAACCUGAAUACAUGGAAGAGGUGCGGCGGCAGCACAUGGAGCGGUGUACCAGCUUCCUGGUGGAUGAGCUGGGUGUGGUGGACCGAGCCCAGGCCGGGGAUCGUAUCUUCUUUGUGUCUGCCAAGGAGGUGCUCAAUGCCAGGAUCCAGAAAGCCCAGGGCAUGCCUGAAGGAGGGGGCGCUCUUGCAGAAGGCUUUCAAGUGAGGAUGUUUGAGUUUCAGAAUUUCGAGAGGAGAUUUGAGGAGUGCAUCUCCCAGUCCGCAGUGAAGACCAAAUUUGAGCAGCACACGGUCCGGGCCAAGCAGAUCGCAGAGGCGGUCCGCCUCAUCAUGGACUCGCUGCACAUCGCGGCUCAGGAGCAGCGGGUUUACUGCCUGGAAAUGCGUGAGGAGCGGCAAGACCGGCUGAGAUUCAUUGACAAGCAGCUGGAGCUCUUGGCUCAAGAUUAUAAAUUGAGGAUUAAGCAGAUUACGGAGGAGGUGGAAAGACAGGUGUCGACAGCGAUGGCUGAGGAGAUCAGGCGCCUCUCCGUGCUGGUGGACGAGUACCAGAUGGAUUUCCACCCUUCCCCUGUAGUCCUCAAGGUCUAUAAGAAUGAGCUGCACCGUCACAUAGAGGAGGGACUGGGCCGAAACAUGUCCGACCGCUGCUCCACUGCCAUCACCAACUCUCUGCAGACCAUGCAACAGGACAUGAUAGAUGGCUUGAAGCCCCUCCUUCCCCCAUCUGUGCGGAGUCAGAUAGACAUGCUGGUCCCCCGCCAGUGCUUCUCCCUUAGCUAUGACCUGAACUGUGACAAGUUGUGUGCCGACUUCCAGGAGGACAUUGAGUUUCAUUUCUCUCUUGGAUGGACCAUGCUGGUGAAUAGGUUCCUGGGCCCCAAGAACAGCCGACGGGCCUUGAUGGGCUACAACGAGCAGGUUCAGCGUCCCAUCCCCCUGACACCAGCCAACCCCAGCAUGCCCCCACUGCCGCAGGGCUCACUCACCCAAGAGGAGCUCAUGGUUUCCAUGGUGACUGGCCUGGCCUCCCUGACGUCCAGGACCUCCAUGGGCAUUCUUGUUGUUGGAGGAGUGGUGUGGAAGGCAGUGGGCUGGCGGCUCAUUGCCCUCUCCUUUGGACUCUACGGCCUCCUGUAUGUCUACGAGCGUCUGACCUGGACCACCAAGGCCAAGGAGAGGGCCUUCAAGCGCCAGUUUGUAGAGUAUGCAAGCGAAAAGCUGCAGCUCAUCAUCAGCUACACUGGCUCCAACUGUAGCCACCAAGUCCAGCAGGAACUGUCUGGGACAUUUGCUCAUUUGUGCCAGCAAGUUGACGUCACCCGGGAUAAUCUGGAGCAGGAAAUUGCCACCAUGAACAAGAAAAUUGAGGUUCUUGAUUCACUUCAGAGCAAAGCAAAGCUGCUCAGGAAUAAAGCCGGCUGGUUGGACAGCGAGCUCAACAUGUUCACACACCAGUAUCUGCAGCCCAGCAGAUAGUGGGCAGCCUGGGUGGAGCCUGCAUGGUGCAGGGCUGCGCCGCCAGCCCUCAGUGCCAGGUGGGCUCCCCAGGGGCCUGUGCGGCUCCUGCCCCCUGCCACCACCCAGAGAACCAAGCACCCACUGUCUCAUGCCGUUUCAAGCCCUUCAACGCUAGUUAUUUCUCCUCCUUUGCCUGCCAUUGCAGGCAGAUCCACUCAUACCCCUAAAGGACACUUCUCCACAACUACUGGAAAGCAUGGUACCAUGGAGCUGAGUCGAGGCCUUUCUGCUUGGUCAGCCUCGCUGACUACAGAUCACAUGAUUGCUUGGUGAGGCCUCGGGCUCAGCACUGCAGAUGCCUCGUGAAAGCCUUCACAGUGUCAUGCAGACACCCCGUCUUCCUCUGGCUGUGUACAUCACCCACCUUGCACUCCAGCACACUGCAGAGAGAGGCUGCCAGGGUGACUGGAUUUGCUUCCAGAAGCGUCGGGAAUGGUUCUGGAAGGCCGAAUGUGCCCCAGAAGGACUGUGGCUUGUGUCAGCCUGGCCUAUUGACUUUAGUGCUUGUCUGUUUGCAGAAACUCUCAGGCAUCCAGUGGUGAGGUUCCAUGUGCCUGGGCUGUAGAUCGAGGCAGCCUGUGCCCUGUGUCCAGUCAGUUGAAGGAGGAAGAACAGCUCAGAGCAGAGAGCUGUGUCAGAAGCACAGCGUGUGUCAGAGUUGGUGGCCGUCACUGAUGAGGGACGUGGCUCUCUUGUCGUUGUGUCCCAUACUCCAGUUUCAGUCCUUGGCCUGUGUGGGCCUAUUUUGUUGGUGGUAGAGACGGCUUGGCGCAGGUGGUUAAAGCAUGUUGUCGAAGGAAGGACGGCAGAAGGGACACCUCAGGACAGGCCGAGGGGUGGGCCCCUCCCAGGACAGCUGGAGAACAGACCUCCAUUUGCCCUUGCUCUGGGAGGGGCUCAUGGCCUGAGGGCUCCACCCACUAGCUCGAUGGCAUCCCUGUCAUGCCCUUAAGAGACACAUCUCCAACCCCUGCCACCCUGCCCCAAGCUGCCCUUGGCCACCAAGCCCCUGAACUAAGUUUCCUGCUCCAGUGACUGCAGUUGGCGAAGGGACAGUGCGGGGAAACCCAGCACCCAUCCUCCCACCCUCCCUGAUUCCCAUUGCCUCUGAUUGACACGCUUGUCCUCAUGUUGAUUUUGAGAAGUGUUUCCUGUUGUUGAGUUUGCGGAUUGUUACUGGUCAAAGUGAGGGCAGGUUCCCAUCACCAAGAUGUUAACUAUAUGGCAGAAACUGUGUUUGGGUGACAGAGCUUUUGCAGCACAGGGCACAGGCUGAAGAGCUUCCUAGAAACAGGUAACACCUCUCCCAGAAAGCAGCCCACAGAGAGUUCAGUCCUGCCACGAUUUGAAUCCAGCCCUUCUCCAGUGUGGGGAAAUACACUGGUGGCCAUGCAGAUGAUGUCCUCUCCAUAUACCCACCUGUGCUUCAAACCCUCAACCUACCCUGUUGUAUGGGACAAAGUGAUGGACUCUGCCGAGGUCAGCCUGUGGUUAGGAGGAUGUUCUGAGUGUUUGCUAGGCUUGGAUGGAUGGGGCCGCCUACAGCGUGUCCGGGCAAGUCAGUGUCACACAAUUCCAAUGGAUUUUGUGCUCUUGAGAAAAAAGUAUUUAAACAUGAAUUUUUUCAAUGUAGCCCCUGGAGAAUGAAUGAAAUUUUGAGCUUCUUAUACAAUAAGUAAAAUUAACUUUAUACCACGGAGGGAGAGACCCUUUCUGAAAGAAGUGUGGCAAAAAGCACUUUAAUUUAAUGCUGCUAACUUUGUUCUCUGUCUUUAUGUUCAUCUGCUGGAGUGCAAGGCGUGCGUGACACAGUGAAUUUUCUCUGAUAUAUUUGAGGUGAUGUAUUUGCCCGAAUUACUCCUGUAUCAUUGCUGAUAAAUUGGAAACUAAAAUAAAACCUAGUUGGAAAUGCUG